AUGGGCCAAUCCAGUCACUCAGUCCAAUGGUCGGGGGGCCGUCGGAAGGAAAUUUCUCACAUUCUCAGUCAUGGCUGCACAUCACCAAGAGAAACAUCCCAUUCAGGACUGUUGGCCGAGGAGGACUUCAUUUCUAAUCGACGACAUUCUCUUCCGACCCGCGGCACCACAGCCGAUCGUAAGUGGUAGCGGCGGGGACCAAAGAGGAGACUGCUACCCACUCAUUCCACCUGCGGCCAUGGCGGCGGCUUUUUUAACAUACCCGACGUCUUACAUACACAAAACGCCAUCGGAAUCCUUUUUCCUCACAGGUCACGGAAUGGGCCUGUUCGGCAGCAGCGAGCCAAGUGGAAAACAUUACAGGAGGAGGAAAGCGAGAACGGUUUUUUCCGAUCAACAGUUGACCGGACUGGAGAAAAGGUUCGAAGCGCAGAGAUAUCUCUCCACCCCCGAACGUGUCGAACUCGCACAUGCCCUCCAUCUCUCAGAAACACAGGUAAAAACGUGGUUUCAAAACAGAAGAAUGAAACACAAAAAGCAGAUGAGGAAAAUGCAAGAUAGGUCCACGUCUGGUAAAAGCAUGAGCCAUUUAGACGGAUGCAACAAAAGUGAUAGAGAAAGGCCGAUGGAUUAUUCGAGAGGAGGCGGAAUGCCUCUGACUUGCAAUUCAUCUGAUGAUUCGGAUCAAGACAUCGACAUCGUCGGCGACUCGGACAAAGGAAGGCCAAAACAGUGGGCAUAACAGCACCUUGGCUGCCUUCGGAAGUGAUUAUAACCAAUAAUACAGUUUAAACAUGUGAUAAAAAUUUAAUUUUUUUAUAUAUAUACUUUAAUUUAUUUUUCCUUUUGUACAAAAAAAAGAAAGAACAAAAAAUACAAAUUACGAAAGUACAGUACGACAUGGAUAACAAUCCGUCUGUCGACUUCCAAUUUAUUAUGUUUGCAGAACAGAAUUUAACUUUUUUUUUGUUCGAAAGCGUUGGUGUUCUACCUCUGAACAGAGACCGGAAAAUGUUGUUUUUUUCGUUUCUUUUCAAAUUGUUGUCUUUGUAGUUUAAGCUAAGUAGUAAGAGUUGAAUAUAAUAAAUUAAAAAUGUCGGUUAAACCAGAUAUCAAAUUGGCAUCGAUAAUUAAAUGAUAAUGUGAAGUUGCAGGCUAUUGGAAAGGUAAAAUCUACCGGAAAAUAAUUUAUAAGAGAAAAGCGACACUCAAUCUCCGAACCAAUAAAAAAAUGUAAGUUGUCAUGAUAGGGUUAAACAAUUCUGAUCUCAGUUUAUUUUUAACAAUUUCACUUUACUGGACAAUAAUUAACUUUAAUCUCCUGACAAGAGUGAAAUUCUUUUUUAUUAUUAUUUUACAGACACUUAAUCUUUUGUAAGAUUUUUUGUUGAGGUCUGCGAGACGAUGAACCAGUUUUGUCGACUCUGAUCAGCCUGGCCUGACAAGUCUCGAUGAACUGAUGCCAUCCAGAUAGGAACAAGAGAAUAAACAGAGAUUUUAAUUUUUUUAUAGAGUUGUCCGAGUCGAAAGAUAUUUUAGUAAUUACGAAAAGGUUAUCUCUCGCAUAUUUUACAUAAUUUUCAACAAGUUAAUCAAUAUCAUGCCAUCGAGUAGAUUGAUUUGCACAAUUACGAAACUGGGACAUUCAUUGCCUUUAUCAAUCACGGACAAUAAAUAAUUUUCUUUCUAUAAAAAAAAACGCUUUACCAGAAAUUGUACUUUUUGGAAAGGUUGUGACAAUUUGGUCAAAGGAGGACAUGAAAUCCAUAAAAGCACAGUUGACAGGCGCGAAUGAAGCCCCACCCCACUGUAAAACCCCAUUCCCACCAUUUUCCACUUCAAUCCCACUUAAAGGAUUUCACCACCUUGGUUACUUAAUUAUUUGUUUUGCCUCACUGGACGAAUAAUCCACAGACCGAUGGAAUUGUGAAGAAAAAAUAUAUUGAUGCCUUUUUAAACACCCGGUCUUGGGGACAAAUGUUAUUUACAAACUGACCCUAAUUAACCUAAUCUGACCUAACCUAAUACCACUACCAAAUAUUUACAAAACAAAUGGUCUGAUUUUUUUCUUUUAAUAACAAAAACUUACUCUGAAAUGAGAAUUUUUAUCAAUAAAUCUGGCAGAAAUUCGGGUUAGUGUAAAUAUUAACAAAAAUAUGAUAAAUAUCUAUAAAUAAAUUAAUUUAAAAAAGUAUGCGGAAUACGCUUUAUUGACGAUGCACGGCGCCCUUUAAAAAAAAGUCAAAAAGCGACACUUCUAAAAAAAAUAUUAUAUUAUCCAAUCGUUCAGAGAGUAAUAAACUUCAAUGACAUCACGACCCCUAAUCAACAAUACAGCCUGAAAUGGAAGUGUAAGAAACCUUCACAUAAAUGUUUUGUACUUUUGUAAAUUGGAAAAAUAUUUAAAAACGACUAACUUAAAUUAGAUAUAGAAAAAAAAGGCUGUCACAGACAGUGUCGACUUUUCGUUGUAAACCAAUAAUUGUGAUGUAAAUAAUGUAGAUAAACCGUAUUUAAGGUUGUAGUUAGAACAAUAUCAUUGGCGAAUUUAAU